CAGACUCCGGCCGGAAGUUGGCAGGCAGUAGGAUUGUUGAAGGGAGCCAUGAAGCCGGCGGUGGACGAGAUGUUCCCGGAAGGCGCGGGGCCUUAUGUCGACCUGGAUGAGGCUGGAGGAAGUACAGGUCUGUUGAUGGAUUUAGCGGCGAAUGAGAAAGCAGUACAUGCAGACUUCUUUAACAAUUUUGAAGAUAUGUUUGACGACGAUGAUAUACAGUGAAAAUGAUCAUCAGCAACGCAGUGAAACUACUUAAGGCUUUUUCGUAGAGGCUAAUCAGAAACCAAAGGAAAGUGGGAAUAUUGUUUCCAAAACAUGAAAGCGAACCAUGAACUGGCUAUCAGUGCAUGGAGAAGAAAGGUGUGGACAUGCUUCCUUUAGGAGAUAGGUAGUUGUGCAGUUUUUGAGUCUUGCUUCAAUAACAUGUGAAUAAAUAAAUAUUUAUUUUUCAAAGGUUUUAAAAAUUACUUCUUUCAUUAAAAUGAUUUGUAAUGAAACAUACAUUCAGUAAAGAACCCCUUCCUCUCUC